AUGAGGGCCAGAGUUCCUAGAAACUUCAAAAGUCUUGACAUGCAUUUGUACGACAAGAUGACCAACUCGAGGCACCACCUCAGUAAUUUUAAAAGUCAGAUGUAUUUAGCCGACACCUCAGAUGCUACUCGCUACAAAGCCUUCCCGACGACUUUAACAAAGUCGGCCAUGAAAUGGUUUGACAGCCUACCCCCUAGGUCGGUUACUAGUUUCGACGACCUCGCGCGUAAAUUUCUUACGCGAUUUUCAAUUCAGAAGGACAAGGUCAAGCAUGCACCUAGCCUACUUGGGGUCAAACAGGAGUUCGGCGAAUCCCUAAGAGACUACAUGGAGAGAUUCAACAAGGCAUGCCUAGAGAUCCAAGACUUACCCACUGAGGCAAUAAUAAUGGGAUUAGUCAACGGUCUCCGAGAAGGCCCAUUUUCCCAAUCUAUUUCAAAGAGACACUGCACUUUCUUGAGUGAUGUACAAGAACGAGAUGAAAAGAAAAUCUGUCACACCGAUAAACUUUUCCCUCCGCGACCAAUCAAAAACAAGAAGGAGGGAAGCCACAAUGAGUACUAUGUGUAUCAUAAAUUGUAUGGAUAUUCUACAAAUAAUGGUUACGACUUAAAAAAUGUGAUAGAAAAGUUGGCCAGGGAAGGUCGGUCGGAUAGAUAUCUCAUGGAAAGGUCAGAUAAUCAAGGAAAGAGGAAAAGAGACGAUGAAGAAGUCGGCCGAAGAGGUCAGCCCCCACAAACCCCAGAGCAACACGUUCACAUAAUAGCAGGAGGCUUUGCUGGGGGAGGAGUGACCAAGUCAUCUCGAAAGAGAUACCUGAAAGAAGUUUACCACGAAGAAGAGACUCCCAACCUCCUUACAAUCUCCUUUACAAAAGAAGAUGCGCAGGAAAUCACAUCAGGGCAUGAUGACCCCGUUGUAAUCACCAUGAUACUCACCAAUGUAAAUCUACACAGAACUUUAGUGGACCAAAGAAGCUCGGCCGACAUACUAUUUAAGCCUACAUUCGAUAAAUUAAGGCUGGACGAAAAAGAGCUAAAGUAUUACCCGAAUACUCUUUUCGGGUUGGGAGAUACCCCAAUUAAGCCACUAGGGUUCAUCUCCCUACAUACUACUUUUGGAAAGGGAUUGAAAUCAAAAACCCUAAUUAUUGAUUAUAUUGUUGCAGAUGUGGCAUCAGCCUACAAUGCCCUAAUUGGCAGGACAACGCUGAAUCGACUGAGAGCUGUUGUUUCUACCCCUCACCUUUGA